CUGGCGGCACGCAGCAACGUCUCCGAGGAACACUUGCCCCGCAGGCUGACUGCCGCACGCUACAUGCACCAUGAGCGGUAGCAGCAGCGUGCCAAAUGCCUGGGACGACGACUGGGAGAAGGCGGCCGACAACCCAGAGCCUAUCGAAGAUAAACCCGCGCCCAAACUGUCCAAGUCGGCGCGUAAAGCGCAGCACAUCGAGCAGAACAAGCUGAUAUGGGACUCGGCCGACAACCCGGCUCGUAAUCACUGGCUCGAAGCUCAAGGUGUAGUACCACUGAAGCAGGAAUACCAGGUGCCCGUCACCCUUUUGAGUCGGAAGCCCCCAACGAUAGCGAAACGGGAUGUCGCGAGUGGUGUAGGCGGAUUGAGUCUCGACGACGACGAAGACAGCGAGCAGGAGAGGCGGAAGAAGCGCGAGGCUGACUUCGAGGAGAGGCAGCGAAAGGCAAAAAUUGAACGAGAAGAGAAGCAGAAGCGGUACGCAGAGGCCAGAGAGAGGAUCAUGGGCUCCUCUAGGCCGACCCUGGCUCCAAGCUCGCGCGAGAGCUCCCAGGGUCGGGAUGGAAAUCGACGAGGACGCGGGAAGCAGAACAAUGGCACCAGUCGUCGCAGUCAACCACAGUCAUCUGCUGAACAGUCUCCUGCGCGCAAUGCAGCGAGAGAUCAACAGUUGUUUGACCCAGAGGAUACGGCACGUCGAACGAAGCGGGAGCCGAGCAACACGGUCCCCAAAGAAGACCAGCCCAUGCGACAACCUCGAGGGCCAGACCAGAGCGGCCGAGGCGGCUUUGGAUUUGGCAAUCGUGGUGGCAUGCUUACAUCAUGAAGGUCCUGACGAAUAACCCAACCAUCAGCUCAUUUCCCCGAUCGCUGGUGUCAUCAUUUGACUGCUAUCGAAAGCCGUCCCUAGGAUAUGAACCAAGAUUGUGCGGGUCGAGCUCCGCCAUGACCGCCCAGCAACAGUGCCACGCCACUUCAGGGAUGCUACUCCAUCCGCUCGAGCCAAUCGCCUGCAGACCGUACGGUGCAUACUGCCCAUGCGUCUCCUCCGCGCGCAACAAGUACUCUAGCAAAACCUUCCACUCUACACGCUCCGAUGUUGG